AUGAACACCGUGUUCCCCUUCUCCGGUGCCUCGACGUCCUCAAUCCCAUCAAGCCUUGGCGACAGCACACUUGACCUCCAAGGCGGCCAGAAGAACGUUAUUCCUCCCGAUAAGAAGAACAAGCGAAAUCCAACCAUCAAGUAUCGAAAGGAAGUGAAGAAACCCUUAACUAAAGCGAUGGAACGAAUCCUGCUUGGAUUUCAGGUUCUUAUCAUCAUCUUAUUUGCCAUUUUCGUCAACUAUGAUUCCGAACAGGCGGACGCCGUCACAAUUUCGCAGAUGAGGAAAAAUGCUCACCCUUCCGCCUCCCAUCAGCCGGCAACCCCACCCCCCGGAACCAGCGUGAGUGGUCGAAAUCCAAACCUGUAUCCGCCAUACGGUCCCCUGUUCGGCGUUGGUCCACCACCACCCGGUCCAUUUUCCCCCCUCGCGGGAGGUGGUGGUCUCCUCCCUCCAUCCCCAGAAGACAACAAACUCUUCCUCGCAUAUCUCGAGCAUGAACGAAUGGCGAGACAGAAACUUCUCCGAUACGAUUCAAGUAAGUAA